AUGGAAGCGAAUCGAAGUCGUCUGCUGGCCACGGCACGUCCUUAUCUUCAGGUUUUAGCCCUCUUCGGACUCACACCUCCACCAGAAUUUUUUACCAGGACUCUCAAAAGGCGACGUAGAGGCCUCUAUAUUGCCGUCUAUGGUUGUUUCAUAGUUUCUAUUGCUCUGGUGGUUUGUUAUGAGUGCUAUGUUAAUAUUGUGGCCUUUCAACAGGAAGUGAAUCAGUUUCACGUGGAAGACUUUAGCAAAGUAAUGGGAAAGGUCCAAAAGGUUCUAGUACUAGUCAUAGCUAUUUGCAAUCAGUUAAAUAUACUGCUGAACUAUCGCCGCUUGUCACGUAUCUAUAAGGGUAUUGCGGCUUUGGAACUGGAUGUAGAUAAUGCUUCAAAGGACUUCAGUGCACGAAGGUAUUGGUGGAGCUUUCGAUUCCGAUUGGCUCUCUGCAUUGGUCUGUGGAUGGUCCUGAUCAUAGGCCUUGUGCCACGCCUCACCCUUCGGCGACUGGCAUUGUAUCUCCACUGGGCCAAUAAAUUGCUCACCGAGAUCAUCCUGAUUAUGCUGCAACACAAAUGCGUGGAGUACUGCUUGUUCGUUCUCCUGAUCUAUGAGCUGAUUCUUCGGGUGCGUCACAAUCUCAAGCAAAUCCAUGAAGAACUGCAGGAUUGCAGCUGCGGGAACAGGAUUAAGGAGCUCUGUGUGGCGCUGAAAACCAAUCAGCUACUGGUGGGUCGGAUUUGGGAGGAGGUGGGUGAGAUUAGCUGCUAUUUUAGUCUUUCCGUGGCGCUGCUUUUCUUCUUCAAUGGCCUGACUAUCCUGCACAUUGUCAACUGGGCUCUCAUAAAAUCCAUAAAUCCCAACGAUUGCUGUCAAUAUUCUCGGCUUGGUGUUAUUUUCGUACUAUCUAGCACCAUUUUUCUGGCCUGCUUGCAUAGUGAAUUCUGCAUUCAAGCGUAUAAUGGCAUCCCGAGAAUUCUGCACCAAAUUGUUUGCCUGCCUGCAGCCGAAGAAUAUCCAAUGCUUAAAAUGGGUCUGAGGGAAUACUCGCUACAAAUGCAACAUUUAAAGCUAUUUUUCAGAUGCGGUGGCUUCUUCAACAUAAAUCUAAACUAUUUUGGAGGGGUGGUGGUCACCAUAUUUGGCUACGUAAUAUUACUCGUGCAGUUCAAAAUUCAGAGUUUUGCCGAAACAAAAUAUUUUGAAACAAAUAACAUUACCGAAAUGACGGAUUGA